AUGCCUCACUAUCUUCGUAGCCGUCAUUCAUUCAUUUUUCUUCGUCCUUUUUCUCUUUAUCUCACCCCACCCUUGAGGUUUCUUUUCGUUUCUUAUUGGCUUUUAUUUCUGUUACAUCCUCAUCCACUGUUCAUUUUCUUCUUUCUUUCUCGAGUUUCUUCGUCUUCUUCUAAUUCUUCUUCUUCUUUUUCUUUUCUUCUUCUUUUUCUUUUCUUCUUCUUUUUCUUCUUCUUCUACGUAGUCCACGUCGUCGUUCAUAUUUUCAUAAAGUUUACCUUCUCUUUUUUUGCUAUUUUUCUUUGUACUUGUUUGUCAUGUUUUCCUUCAAUCUUAUUUUUAUCUUCCUCUUUCUUCUUCUUUUUUGUUGUACUUUUCUUUCGGUUGCUUCUUCAUUUCCUUUUCUUCUUCGUCUUUUUCUUCUUCUUCUUCUUCUUCGUCUUUUUCUUCUUCUUCUCCUUCGUCUUUUUCUUCUUCUUCUUCUUCUCGAAUUAUUUUUAUCCCUUUUUUUUUCUUUUUCUUCACUUCAUUCUACUAUCUUCAACUAUUCCUUAUUUUCCCCCAUUAUUAUUCCUCUUAUUCAUUCACAUAUUUAUUCACUUAUUCGUUCAAUUAUUCAUUCCUCAUUAUUCAUUCCUUUUAAUCAUUCACUUAUUCAUUCCGUUUAUUCAUUUAAUUAUUCAUUCCUCUUAUUCAUUCACAUAUUCCAUUUUUAGUUGUUUCUUUCUUUUUUCUUAUUGUUCCUUUCAAUAUUUUCUGUGCCCUUACUUUGCUUUUGAGCAACCUCUCAAUUCCUUUCUUUCUUUCUUUCUUUCUUCACCAUUCUUUUUUCUUUCUUUCUUUCUUUCUUUCUUAAUUCUUUUUUCUUUCUUUCUUUCUUCACCAUUCUUUUUUUUUCUUUCUUUCUUUCUUUCUUUCUUUCUUUCUUCACCAUUCUUUUUUCUUUCUUUCUUUCUUUCUUUCUUUCUUUCUUCACCAUUCUUUUUUCUUUCUUUCUUUCUUUCUUCACUUUUUUUCUGGCUUCCUCGCCGCUUUCUUUCUUUAUGUCUCCCUUCUGUUUGCUACCUCUGUUUGUUUUAUACUCUAAAUAAAUUUUUUUCUUUCUUUCUUUUUUCUUUCUUUCUUUCUUUGCUCCUCUCUUUUCUGGCUCAUUCUUUCUUUGUUCAUCUUAUAGCUUGCCUCCCUUUCUGUCUUUCUUUCUUUCUUUUUGCUACCUCAGUUUGUUUUAUACCCUCUAACAAUUUCUUUCUUUCUUUCUUUCUUUCUUUCUUUUUUUCUUUCUUUCUUUCUUCUGCCACAAUUUAUUUUAUACCAUCCCUCGAUAUUCUUUUUUUUGAAUGUUUUUCUUUCUCCACCCAACUCUUUCUUUGCUUCCUUCUUUCUUUCUUUAUCUUAUAUCCUCUCUCCCCCUUUUUUCUUUUAUCUUUCUUUCAGUCACCACCCACACUUUUUUCUUCCUUACUUUAUCUUAUAUCCUCCACCUCUUUCUUUCAGUCUUUCUUUUUCUCUCUCUUCACUCUUCAGUUUUCAUCCUACCUCCCGCAAACUUUACCUUCUCUCUCUCCUUCCAAUCACCGCCAUUUUGACGAUUUUCGCACCCGGUUUCACGUCGUCGCACCCUUUUCGUUCUUUCCUCCCUCCCUCCUUCCCUCCCUCCUUCCUUCCCUCCUUCCUUCUUUCCUUUCUUCCUUCCCCCUCCUUCCUUCCUUCCCUCUUUCCUUCCUUCCUUCUUGCUCCCUCCUUCCUUCCUGCAUUCCCUCCUUCCUCCCUCCUUCCUUCCUUCCCUCCUUACUUCCUUCCCUCCUUCCUUCCUUCCUUCCUUCCUUCCCUCCUUCCUACCUUCCUUCCUUCUCUCCUUCCUUCCUUCCCUCCUUUCUUCCUUCCUUCCUUCCUUCUUCCUUCCUUCCCUCCUUCCUUCCUCCCUCUCCUUCCUUCCUUCCUUCCUCCUUCCCUCCCUCCUUCCUUCCUUCCUCCUUACUUCCUUCCCCUUCCUUCUUUCCUUCCUUCCCUCCUUCCUACCUUCCUUCCCUCCUUCUUUUCCUCCUUCCUUCCCCUUCCUUCCUUCCCUCCUUUCUUCCUUCCUUCCCUUCUUCCUUCCUUCCUCCUUCCUCCCUCCCUCCUUCCUUCCUUCCCUCCUUCCUUCCUUCCUCAUUAUCCUUUUUCAUCAUACUAUUGCUUCAUCUUUCUUGUUUUUUAACAUUUUUUCUUCCUUUUUCUUCUUUAUAUCUUCGUUGUCGUCUUUUUCCUUUUAACUCCCUCUCUUCUAUUUAA